CGAUGAGAAGUGGUGAGAACUGACCUCAUACUGGCACACAAAGACUGUGAAACCUGAUACUUUUGCCACCUGGCCAGCUGGCUCCCACUGAUAAUGUUAGGAAGCCAUCAGGUCCACUGGGAAACACUAAUCUGAUCUCGAAGUGGCUGAUUGUGUCAGGAUGUGUCGAUGAUGAUGAUGGCAAGAAAGCAAGAUGUUCGCAUCCCCACCUACAACAUCAGUGUGGUGGGCUUGUCUGGGACUGAGAAGGAGAAGGGCCAGUGCGGCAUUGGGAAGUCUUGUCUCUGCAAUCGUUUUGUGCGCCCGAGUGCUGAUGAAUUUCACUUGGACCAUACCUCUGUCCUCAGCACCAGUGACUUCGGUGGGCGAGUGGUCAAUAAUGACCACUUUCUGUACUGGGGAGAAGUUAGCCGUUCCCUGGAGGACUGUGUGGAAUGUAAGGUGCACAUUGUGGAGCAGACUGAGUUCAUUGAUGAUCAGACUUUUCAGCCGCAUCGGAGCACGGCCCUGCAACCCUACAUUAAGAGAGCUGCUGCCACCAAGCUUGCAUCAGCUGAGAAACUUAUGUACUUUUGCACUGACCAGCUGGGGCUGGAGCAGGACUUUGAGCAGAAACAAAUGCCAGAUGGAAAGCUGCUGAUUGAUGGUUUUCUUCUUGGUAUUGAUGUUAGCAGGGUCAUGAACAGGAACUUUGAAGACCAGCUCAAGUUUGUUUCCAAUCUCUACAAUCAGCUUGCAAAAACAAAAAAGCCCAUAGUGGUGGUCCUGACAAAGUGUGAUGAGGGUGUUGAGCGGUACAUUAGAGAUGCACAUACUUUUGCCUUAAGCAAAAAGAACCUCCAGGUUGUGGAAACCUCAGCAAGAUCCAACGUCAAUGUGGACUUAGCUUUUAGCACCUUAGUGCAACUCAUUGAUAAAAGCCGGGGAAAGACAAAAAUCAUUCCUUAUUUUGAAGCUCUCAAGCAGCAGAGCCAGCAAAUAGCUACGGCAAAAGACAAGUAUGAGUGGCUGGUGAGUCGCAUUGUGAAAAACCACAAUGAGAAUUGGCUGAGUGUCAGCCGAAAGAUGCAGGCCGCUCCUGAGUACCAGGACUAUGUCUACCUAGAAGGGACUCAGAAAGCCAAGAAGCUGUUUCUCCAGCACACCCACCGCCUCAAGCACGAGCAUAUUGAGCGCAGAAGAAAGCUGUACCUGGCAGCCCUGCCACUAGCUUUUGAAGCUCUUAUACCUAAUCUAGAUGAAAUAGACCACCUAAGCUGCAUAAAAGUCAAAAAGCUCUUGGAGACCAAGCCAGAAUUCUUGAAGUGGUUUGUUGUGCUUGAAGAGACACCAUGGGAUGCCACCAGCCACAUUGACAACAUGGAGAACGAGCGCAUUCCCUUUGACUUAAUGGAUACUGUCCCUGCAGAGCAGCUGUACGAGGCCCACUUAGAGAAGCUGCGGAACGAGAGGAAAAGAGCUGAGAUGAGAAGAGCAUUUAAAGAAAACCUGGAGACUUCUCCCUUCAUAACUCCUGGAAAACCUUGGGAAGAGGCCCGUAGUUUUAUUAUGAAUGAAGAUUUCUACCAGUGGCUGGAAGAACCUGUUUACAUGGAUAUUUACGGCAAACACCAAAAGCAAAUUAUAGACAAAGCAAAGGAAGAGUUUCAGGAGUUGCUUUUGGAAUAUUCAGAAUUGUUUUAUGAGCUGGAGCUGGAUGCUAAGCCCAGCAAGGAAAAGAUGGGUGUCAUUCAGGAUGUUCUGGGGGAAGAACAGCGAUUUAAAGCAUUACAGAAACUCCAAGCAGAGCGUGAUGCCCUUAUUCUGAAGCACAUUCAUUUUGUGUACCACCCAACAAAGGAAACAUGCCCUAGUUGCCCAGCCUGUGUGGAUGCUAAGAUUGAGCACUUGAUUAGUUCUCGGUUCAUCCGACCAUCAGACCGGAAUCAGAAAAAUUCACUCUCUGACCCCAACAUUGAUAGAAUCAACUUGGUUAUCUUGGGCAAAGAUGGCCUUGCACGAGAGUUGGCCAAUGAGAUUCGAGCUCUUUGUACAAAUGAUGACAAGUAUGUGAUAGAUGGUAAAAUGUAUGAGCUUUCCCUGAGACCAAUAGAAGGGAAUGUCAGGCUUCCUGUGAACUCUUUCCAGACGCCAACAUUUCAACCCCAUGGCUGUCUCUGCCUUUACAAUUCAAAGGAAUCUCUGUCCUAUGUGGUGGAGAGCAUAGAGAAGAGUAGAGAGUCCACACUUGGCAGGCGAGAUAAUCAUUUAGUCCAUCUCCCCCUGACAUUAAUUUUGGUUAACAAGAGAGGAGACACGAGUGGAGAGACUCUGCAUAGCUUGAUACAGCAAGGUCAGCAAAUUGCUAGCAAACUUCAGUGUGUCUUUCUCGACCCUGCUUCAACUGGCAUUGGUUAUGGACGCAACAUUAAUGAAAAGCAAAUCAGUCAAGUUUUAAAAGGACUCCUGGACUCCAAGCGUAACUUAAACCUGGUCAGUUCUACUGCUAGCAUCAAAGAUCUGGCUGAUGUUGACCUGCGAAUUGUCAUGUGUCUGAUGUGUGGAGAUCCUUUUAGUCCAGAUGAUAUGCUCUUUCCUGUUCUUCAGUCCCAAACCUGUAAGUCUUCCCAUUGUGGAAGCAGCAACUCUGUUUUACUUGAACUGCCAAUCGGACUACACAAGAAACGCAUUGAGCUGUCUAUUCUUUCAUACCAUUCCUCUUUUAGCAUCAGAAAAAGCCGAUUGGUCCAUGGGUACAUUGUUUUUUAUUCAGCCAAACGUAAGGCUUCCUUGGCUAUGUUACGUGCCUUUCUUUGUGAAGUGCAGGAUAUUAUCCCCGUUCAGCUGGUUGCACUCACUGAUGGCGCUAUAGAUGUCCUAGAUAAUGACUUAAGUCGGGAACAGCUGACUGAGGGGGAGGAGAUUGCUCAAGAAAUUGAUGGAAGGUUCACUAGCAUCCCCUGUAGCCAACCCCAGCAUAAACUUGAGAUCUUCCAUCCCUUUUUUAAAGAUGUGGUGGAGAAGAAGAACAUAAUCGAGGCUACUCAUAUGUACGAUAAUGCUGCUGAGGCCUGUAGCACCACGGAAGAGGUGUUUAACUCCCCCCGGGCAGGCUCUCCGCUCUGCAACUCAAACCUGCAGGAUUCAGAAGAGGAUAUCGAGCCCCCUUCUUAUACCUUGUUUCGAGAAGACACAUCACUGCCCUCUCUGUCCAAAGACCAUUCUAAGCUUUCUAUGGAACUGGAGGGAAAUGAUGGGCUGUCAUUCAUCAUGAGCAAUUUUGAGAGUAAACUGAACAACAAAGUACCUCCACCAGUCAAACCAAAGCCUCCUGUCCAUUUUGAAAUUUCAAAGGGGGAUCUGUCUUACUUAGACCCAGGCCAUAGAGAUGGACAGAGGAAGUCUGUGUCUUCUAGCACCUGGCUACCUCCGGAUGGGUUCGAUCCUUCUGAUUAUGCUGAACCCAUGGAUGCUGUGGUCAAACCAAGGAACGAAGAAGAGAACAUAUACUCAGUGCCCCAUGACAGUACCCAAGGCAAAAUCAUCACCAUUCGGAAUAUCAACAAAGCCCAGUCCAAUGGCAGCGGGAAUGGUUCUGACAGUGAAAUGGACACCAGCUCUCUGGAGCGAGGCCGCAAGGUAUCCAUGGUGAGCAAGCCAGUGCUGUACAGGACGAGGUGCAGCCGGCUGGGGAGAUUUGCUAGCUACCGAACCAGCUUUAGCGUGGGGAGCGACGAUGAGCUAGGACCCAUCCGGAAGAAAGAGGAGGAUCAGGCAUCCCAAGGUUAUAAAGGGGACAAUGCUGUCAUUCCAUAUGAAACAGACGAAGACCCGAGGAGGAGGAAUAUUCUUCGCAGUCUGAGAAGGAACACUAAGGUAAGACACCAGUUUAGGAAUGAGUCAUAG